UUGAUAACAGUUUCAGCCACGCCCCUUACCUGGCUUUUCCAGACAAAUCAGUAAUCCUCUGAUAGCGACUGUGACAGCUCCAGCCUUUCAUAUUAUUAUCGUUAUUAUUUCAAACUGGCACGGUAUUUUAUAAUUUGUGCCUUUUUAGAUUCCACGGUUACAUUUCCGGGCUGUCAGAACGGGCUGACUGAACUUACGAACCGGUAACCACACAGAGGCCAUAAGCUAGCUAGCCCAGCUGUCUCUACAGUCCAACUGCCGAGUGCUCUUUGUCCGUUCAAGUCAGCUAGCAGCAGGCGCUGUGUUAUCUGUCAGUGAGCAAACGCCGGAGUUUACAAUUCUGUUUCAUUUCCCCCGGUUUGACGAGAAUCUAGUGAACCAAGAUAGGCGGCUUGGGAACCAAGAUGUCAAAUCGAGUGGUGUGCAGAGAAGCAAGUCACGCCGGGAGUUGGUACUCAGCUUCGGGAUCCCAGCUGAAUGCACAACUAGAGGGCUGGCUGUCCCAAGCACAGUCCACAAUCAGACCUGCUAGAGCCAUCAUUGCGCCCCAUGCUGGGUAUACCUACUGUGGUGCUUGUGCAGCACAUGCUUACAAGCAGGUGGAUCCCUCUGUAACUCGUAGGGUGUUCAUUCUGGGACCUUCACACCAUGUGCCCCUCUCCCGCUGUGCCCUGUCACCUGCAGACGUCUAUAGAACGCCCCUCUAUGACCUGAGAAUCGACCAGAAGGUUUACGCAGACCUCUGGAAGACCGGGUUGUUUGAGAGGAUGAGUCUACAGACAGAUGAAGAUGAGCACAGUAUUGAAAUGCACUUGCCUUACACUGCUAAAGCCAUGGAGAGCCACAAAGAUGAGUUCAGCAUUGUUCCUGUGCUUGUGGGUGCUCUGAGUGAGUCUAAGGAGCAGGAAUAUGGGAGGCUGCUCAGCAAAUACCUGGCAGAUCCUUCUAACCUUUUCAUAAUCUCUUCUGACUUCUGCCACUGGGGCCAGCGGUUUCGGUACACGUACUACGAUGAGUCUCAAGGAGAGAUCUACAGAUCUAUUGAGCAUCUUGAUAAAAUGGGGAUGGGCAUUAUAGAGCAACUGGAUCCCGUUUCUUUCACCAACUACUUGAAGAAGUACCGUAACACCAUCUGUGGACGUCACCCUAUUGGAGUGCUGCUAAAUGCUGUGGCCGAGCUUAGGAAGUCUGGUUUAGAAAUGAACUUUUCUUUCCUGAACUACGCCCAGUCGAGUCAGUGCAGGAACUGGCAGGACAGCUCCGUGAGUUAUGCUGCUGGGGCGCUCAUCGUUCAUUGAGGUCAGCUUCUGCAGGGGCCACUGCAACGCCGCCACCCUGCCCUUACUAUCUUAAUGCCAUAACCUUGACCCAUGAUUCUCCGAUUCCUAUCCCGAUGCCCCCCCCAACUCCCUCAGUAAUGCCCACUAUGUGCAGGAAAAACUUAGAUAAUUGAAGCCAAUAAAAUAAUUUCCCUUAA